AUGAGCGCAGCCUUGCAGAUGAUGGCAUUCGGUCUUGCUCUUCUCUCAACCCUCUUCCUGCUCCUUGCAACAUGCACCGACUGCUGGAUGGUGAACGCUGAUGACAGCGUGGAGGUAAGUCACAAAUGCCGGGGGCUUUGGAGGGAGUGUGUCACCAACAUGCAGGAUGGGGUCAGGACCUGUGACCAGUAUGACUCCAUUUUGGCUGACCAUCCAGUGAAGAUUGUGGUGACACGGACCCUGCUGAUCACAGCGGACCUCCUGGCUGGCCUGGCUUUGGCUACGUUGCUCCUUGGGCUUGACUGCAUCAAGUUGCUCAAGGAAGAGCCUCACGUCAAACUGAAGAUGUGCUACGGGGCUGGUGUCAUCCUCAGCAUUGGGAGUAUCCUGGGUCUUGUGGGCUCCAUGUGGUACGCAGUGGAUGUCUACAUGGAGAGGGCCAUGCUGGUGUCGCACAAUAUAUUCCUGGGAGUCCACUACGACUUCGGGUGGUCGUGCUGGCUGGGGAUGGCUGGCUCGACGGGCUGCUUCGUGGCAUCUGUCCUGCUGACCUGCUGCCUCUAUGCCUAUCAAGCCCACGGCCCGAGCAGACAUUACAGCUGGUCCCUGCAACGGAACAGACGUGCAGUCACUUCUGUAGCCCAGGCAGGCUGCAACACACCCGCAGCCCAAACCCGAGGGGCUGCAAGGGCCCUUCCGUGA